AUGUUCGGCCUACUUUCAAAAGAUCUUACAAAUGUUAAACCCAAUUACGAAGCUAUGAUUAAAGGAGGCUUGUUAAAGGUUACUGAUAUGGGUAUAACUCAUGUUCCCAUGCAAAAUGCUCUCAAAGGAGGACGGGGUGGCAGUGAAGUAGUUCCUAAGUUGCCAGCGCAUGGUUAUCCAUUGGAACACCCGUAUAAUAAGGAUGGAUACAGAUAUAUAUUAGCUGAACCUGACCCACAUGCGCCAUUCCGACAGGAAUUUGAUGAAAGCUCAGAUUGGGCCGGAAAACCAAUUCCUGGAUGGUUAUAUAGAGCAUUGAUUCCGGCUAAUGUUCUCUUAACACUACAUGAUCGGGCACCACAAAUAAAAAUAUCUGAAGACAGAUUAGCUGCAACAGGUGAUAAAGGUUACUGCAUGGUGAGAGCCACUCAUGGGGUCACUCGUGGAUGUUGGUAUUGGGAAGCUACUAUUGAAGAAUUACCUGAGGGUGCGGCUGUUCGACUUGGAUGGGGUCAAGAAUUAGCAAACUUGCAAGCACCUUUGGGUUAUGACAAAUUUGGAUACAGCUGGAGAUCACGAAAAGGAACAAGAUUCCAUGAAUCAAUUGGUUCACGUUACAGUGAGGGCUAUGGAGAAGGAGAUGUGUUAGGAUUUAUGAUUAUAUUGCCAGAUACUCGUGAUGUUAAUCAUACACCAAAUACUUACAAAGAUAGAAUGUCAGAAAAAGCUGAAGAAGCAAUAAGUGAGCAAACCAUGGCCGACUUGAUGUAUUUAACUGAAAAUGAUGGCAAAUUAAGAUUAGACAACCUUUGA